AUGUCUGAACAGAAGAGCUGGAGGCAGCUUGAUAUUGGCAUCAUUGGGGGCGGCAUUGGCGGUCUAGCUUCAGCCGUCGCCCUCAGACGUGCAGGACACAAGGUGACCAUCUACGAGAAGGCAGAUUUCGCCGGCGAAGUCGGUGCAUCUAUCUCUUGUGCAGCCAAUGGCACGAGAUGGCUUGAGGAAUGGGGUGUCGACAUCGAGCUGGGAGACCCCGUUCUUCUGAAGAACCUGAUCAGUCGUGACUGGAGAACAGGUGAGCCGGACAACACCUACGAUCUGUCUGACUAUGAGGAACGAUGGGGCUAUGUAUACAACAUGUUUCACCGACAAUACAUGCACCGGAUGCUCAUGGAUAGUGCUAUUGGAGAGCACGGAAAAGGAGUUCCAGCCAACUUGAUUGUCGAUCAUAAGGCCGAAAACAUGGACCUUGAGAAUGGCGAUAUCACGUUCUCCAACGCCACAAAAGUCCGACACGAUGUGGUAAUUGGCGCGGAUGGAAUAGGAUCCGCUGUCCGUGGAGUACUUGGGAUCAAGGCCGAGCGGAGGCCUGCUACCUGUACCUGUCUCCAUGCUAAUGUGGACACGGCGAAGGCAGUCGAGCUAGGGCUCGUCGAUUACUCCCAGAACAGUGCCAUAGAGUACUGGGGAGGCUAUCACACUCACUACAAGAUCGUGCUGUCUCCUUGCAACGGUGGCCGGCUUCUUUCGUUCUACUGUUUCUUCCCUCGGGAGGCGGGGGACUUUAAAAACCAGACAUGGGAUGCCCAGGCUACCGUCGAGGAACUCCUCGCACCAUACCCUGACCUCGAUCGUCACGUUUUUCGGCACCUCGAGCUAGGCUACGAGGUGCGCCCGUGGCGCUUGUGGAUCCAUGAGCCGUACGAUUUGUGGCAGAAAGGCGACACUUGCAUCAUGGGAGACGCAGCCCACCCGAUGAUGCCCGAUCAGAGCCAAGGAGCUUGUCAGGCUAUCGAGGACGCUGCAGCUCUUGGCAUCGUUUUCAGCAAGGAGUACUUCAGAGGAAACAUCAGGGAGGCCCUCGAAGUUUACGAGCAGGUCCGAAAGCCCAGGGCGACGAAAGUGCAUGAAAACGAAACCAACAAGCUGACCAUCGAGGAGAUGAAUCGCUACGACAUGCAUUCUCACAUCAAAGAGACCUUGCAAGAGCGGCGUCAGACGGUGUCAAAUCGGGAACAACCCCGUAAUGAGAAUAUGGACCAGGAGGCAAAGGAUCCAGUACGAAGGUGA